AUGAAUUUCUUUACUGCGCAGUAUCUGAUAUCCCGAUGCACAGGAAAAGCUCUCAAGCCAAAAGCGUUCGCCGCAAAGUGCAGACGAAGACAUGCGGCUAGUUCGGCUGUACAGAAGAAGCGCAUCUUUUAUGUUCACGACCUUAACCCAGGCGUUUCUUUGCCUGUCAAGAAAGAGGUUGAAGGAAGGUUCAUCAACUUUGCAUGGAGCCAGCCGUCGCCGCACCUGAUGGUGGAGAGACGCAAGUCAGAGCUCGUCGUCCCUGGGGCUGAGGUCGCGGAGCAUCUGAGCUGUUCCUCCCUCCCCCUUCGAUUUCCUCUCCUCUCGGGGAACUGCUUCUUCCCUCGAUUGCAAUCGAGCGCUCCAAAGUCAGACUGGCUGAAAGUCGAUCGUCUCUACGGUCCCUUUGCCUCUCGAUCGUUCGCCAACAAGAUUUGCAUCAGGAAGCUCGACGGGCCCGCCUGUUCGUAUGGGAUCGCUCUGAAGAAUGAGACGCGGAGAGGAGGAAGGGGACUGAGAGCCUCUGAGGAGGCCAUGGCAGUCGCAGAGGCCAUACUGAGAAAUCAGGCAGGAGGAGAGGAGGGAGGAUGGCAGAGAGCUGAAGUUUGUUUGAUAGCAACGAUCAUAGAUGGGCUGGCAGAGCUGAGUGCGACGCUCAAGAUGGAGAAGACCCCGAGGAUCAUUGAGGGGUAUGAUAUCAGCCAUAUACAGGGGUAUGGAACUAUCGCUUCCUCCUCGAUGUUGCUCGAUGGGUUUCCCGUUCCGAGAUAUUACAGGUGGAUUAGGAUCGAAAGCGCCAACGUGCGAACGGGCCAUUCAGAUGACUUUGCUUCUCUUGCUGAGGCGAUCAUAAGACGCUACUCCUCGAUCCCUUCGAGCCCGCUCCCCGACGUCGUCUUGAUCGACGGAGGGAGAGGGCAGCUCGCGGCGGUCAUGGCGGCGAUUCGAAACUCGACGGACCCGGGGAGGUGCGAGGAGAUCCUGAAGAGAGUGACGUUCCUGUCCUUGGCGAAGCAGCGAGAGGAGGUGUAUGUCCCCGACAAUCCUCGACCCCUGCACUUUGAGGGAGGGAUCUUUUCAGCUGCCAUGUUGCUGUUGAGGCAAGUUUACGCAUGCCCCACUACUGGAGUUGCCCCACAUGACUGGCCACCUCUGCGUACUUGUACCGCCAUUGCUGUUGUCUUCACGAUGUCAUCGAAUCUUGUCUCCACAGCUCUCGGCGUACACCUUGCAACCUCACUCUUCUUGAAGUGUCGAGACGAGGCCCAUGCCUUUGCUGUCUAUCACCAUCGCUCCCUUCGGAGCUCCGAAUACCUUCGGAGCGUUUUUGAUGCGAUCCCAGGGAUUGAGAGGAAGACGAGGAAGAAGCUGAUUGAGAAGUUCGGGUCCAUCGAGGCGCUUGGGACAGCGGAAGAAGGAGACAUAGCAGCUGUCGAGGUGAAGGGGGAAGGAGGAGCGGAGGAGACGAGGAGCGGAGGAGACGAGGAGCGGAGGAGACGAGGAGACGAGGAGACGAGGAGACGGGGGAGAGAAGAGCUGCGAGGCAUGAUGAAGAUGAAAGUGAGAAAGACAGAAGGGACGGUGACUGACCGAUGGGUCAAGGAGGGAGGGCGAAGCUGUGUUGUAUUGGAUGUGGAGGGCUCGGCUCUGGUGCUGACGUGGCAGCCCUGCCAGGGGGUCGACGAGCUUCAGGCGUCUGCGAUCAUCGAGCAUUUUCAGAAGAGAAAUCUGAGUGAAGUCAACGGGACAAGUUUGAGCUCCAACGUCACGAGCGAACGCGACCAGCCUGUUAAGAUGCUACAGCAUGUCGACAGUUUUCAGAAGAUUUUCCGACGAGCUGAAAGGAAGUGGAGGAGGUGA